AUGUCCAUGGCCCAGCCAUGGGAAAAUGCCCCUCAGUUCGGCAUACGGCUAUCACAGGGCCACACGUCCUAUUAUCGCGCUCGAUCCCGAGUCACCACGACAAAGUGGAGUCAACCGCAGGCACCUCCGGCCGAGGGGAACCCGAGACAUGGGGACGCGGGCGCAACAAGGAGAGGACGCAAGGCGUCCCUCGAGGAUUUCUCGGAAACCCUCGGCGCGGUGUGCAGCGAGCACACACGAUGGCUGCGGCAGUCUACGGGUGGCUUUGGGAAAGCAGACUCUGGGAGGGCGGCUGGGCUGGAACAGAGAACCUUGCCUUUGGCGGGGGCGGGGGGGCCACGCCGCACCUUUGUGUGGGCAACGCAGCUUAGCAACACUAAUAACUCGCGUCGAGGGGGAGGGGCUCCAGAGCCAGAGGCAACUCUUUCGGGGAUAGGAGAUGAGCAGACAGGGGAGCGGCAGAGAAGCACGGCGGAUAAGACAUGA